AUGGACGCUGAGAUCUCACCAUCCUUCCAAGCGAAUCCUCUAGGCUUUCUCUGGAAAUUCUGCAAGAGCGGAUUUAUUAUGACCAAAUCCCUGUUCCAAGCAAGAGCAUAUCGCCGCAAAAGGCAAUUGAUCCUCUAUUUGGCUAGCUUCAGCAUACUUUCGGGAAUAUUUCUCUACUCUCAAAGUUCAGCUUUCUCUACGGUCCAUCGAGCAUACAUCAAUCAAUCGUCUUACCGAUUCGGAUCCUUAGGUAUCCCUUUUACUCAAGGUCCAUACGCUAUCGCUAUAUUUCUCGGCACCGAAUUUGACGCAGAGCAAUCCGAUGACGACGAGACAGACCGCUAUUUUAUCGGCGCCCGCACACUAGUCUAUCAGCUACUUCAUGCACCCAGUACAAGGCUUACAAGUCCGGUAUCUGUCGUAGUCUUAGCUACUGAAGGGGUACGCGAAAGCAAACGUCAGCGACUACGAUUAGACGGCGCAACUGUCAUCGACAUUGAAAGAUUACAACACUCCGUCAAUAUUGACGUCCCUUUUUAUCAUGAAGUAUUUGAUAAGCUUCGAGCAUUCGAUCCAUCCGUGAUGCCGUUUGAGAAAGUCGCCGUAUUGGACGCGGAUAUGGUGAUUACGCGACCACUCGAUUUACUAUUCCAAGACAUGAACACUACUCAGUUCCCGCUUAACACAAAUUCGACAAAUUUACCCGCAGAUUUACCAGAGCUCCCAGAUAGCUAUGCACUAGCAGCGACGCCAGACAUCCCAGGUCGAGAGCCUGUCUUUCCUCCAGACGUUGAUAACACCCCGGGUCGUGAUUAUUUCAAUGCCGGUAUAAUGGUAUCCUCUCCUAACGACAAACUCUUCCAAUACUAUAUUGCGCUGCUUAAUCGGCCUGAACUGUUCGGUCAUUGGUUACCAGAGCAGGAUCUUCUCAAUGUUGCUCAUAGCUGGAAGGGACCCAUGCCUUGGAGACAGCUUAAUCUUUCGUGGCAUUUGAUGUCUCCUAAUGAGGCUGACUUUAAUGCUGGAAUGGCUAUUCUUCAUUGUAAAUAUUGGCAGUUUGGUGGUGACCCAUGUCAUAAGACGGCCAUUGCGCGCCGCUGGCAAAUGCAGGGAUAUUGGGAGGGGAGGGAAGGAAAAUGA